CUCGGGUCAACAUGAAAGUCCGCAUAUAAAAACUCCGGACAGACUGGAUAUAAGUCACACAGCUUUGGACUCGCGGUUAGAGCGGAAUCGCCGAGGCUGUUGUACUCCUGAGUCCCUGUAACGACUCCUGCUAUUGGUCAGUUGAGCGAGCGCUCCUGAUUGGACGCCCAAGAUGGCGAACUACGAGCAAGAGAACUUCAUGCGGUAUCUGGCCGGGGACGAGAAACGGAUGCUGGAAAUCCGCAACAGGCCGUUCGACGCGAAGAAAGUUCUGUUCGUCCCCGACAAGAAGGAGGUUUGGGUGGAGGGAGAGAUCCGGGCAACCAAGGGCGACAUGGUCACCGUGGAGACCGUUACUAAACAGACGGUGACAGUGAAGAAGGACAACACCCACCCCCUCAACCCGCCCAAGUUCUCCCUGGCUGAGGACAUGGCCAACCUCACCUACCUGCACGACGGCUCCGUGCUACACAACAUGAGGGAACGCUACAACCACAAGCUCAUCUAUACGUACUCCGGGCUGUUCUGCGUGGUGAUCAACCCGUACGCCCGCCUGCCCAUCUAUAAGAACGAGGUAGUGGCGAUGUACCGGGCCAAACGCCGGAUGGACGUCCCCCCCCACCUGUUCGCCAUCGCGGAUGAAGCCUACAGGAACAUGCUGGAGGAUCGCGACAAUCAGUCCAUUUUAAUCACUGGCGAGUCUGGUGCCGGUAAGACGGAGAACACGAAGAAAGUGAUCGCGUACUUCGCCAACGUCGCCGCCCUGGGCGAGCUUCGGGAGGGAGGAGGCUUCGGCGGGAAGAAGGCAACCUUAGAGGACCAGGUUGUCCAGACCAACCCCGUCCUGGAGGCUUUCGGGAACGCCAAGACGAACCGGAACAACAACUCCUCCCGCUUCGGCAAGUUCAUCCGGAUCCACUUCGGCGGGAAGGGCAAGCUGGCCGGGGCGGACAUCGAGACGUAUCUUCUCGAGAAGUCUCGCGUGAUCUCGCAGACGCCUGGAGAACGAUGCUAUCACGUGUUCUAUCAGCUGGUGUCGGGGGCCUUCCCACAAUACACCGAAAAGCUGCUGCUCGUGAACGACGCCCGUGAGUACAAGUACAUCUCCCAGGGUGACGUCACCAUCGCCGGGGUCGAUGACCGAGAGGAGAUGCGGUUCACAGACGAGGCGUUUGACAUCCUGGGCUUCAGCAAUGACGAGAAGAUGCAGGUGUACCGUCUGGUAUCGGGGAUCUGUCACUUCGGCAACAUGAAGUUUAAGGAGAGAGGAGAGCAGGCCGAGUGCGACGGCAUGGAAGCUGCUGAGAAGGUGGGACAUCUGUUCAGCGCGCCGAGCGGAGACAUCACCAAGGCCCUGCUGAAGCCGCGGGUCAAGGUUGGGAACGAGUACGUGGUGAAGGGCCAGACGGCCGAGCAGUGCUUCUACUCAGUCGGCGCGCUCAGCAAGUCCAUCUACAACAGGCUGUUCAUCUGGCUCCAGGUUCGGCUGAACGAAACUCUGGCGACUGAACUGAAGCGGGAAUACUUCAUCGGCGUGCUGGACAUAGCGGGCUUCGAGAUCUUCGACCUGAACAGCUUCGAGCAGCUGUGCAUCAACUACACGAACGAGAAGCUGCAGCAGUACUUUAACCACCACAUGUUCGUGCUGGAGCAGGAGGUUUACUACCGGGAGGGCAUCUUCUGGGAGUUCAUAGACUUCGGCAUGGACCUGCAGGCAACCAUCAACCUGAUCGAGAAGCCUCUCGGUAUCAUGUCCAUCCUGGAGGAGGAGUGCAUGUUUCCCAAGGCCACGGACAUGACGUUCAAGGCCAAGUUGAACAACAACCACGCCGGGAAGUCCAGCAUCUUCCAGACGCCCAAGGUCGGCCACAAGGUGAAGUCCACGGCGGACUUCGCUAUCAAGCACUACGCCGCUACGGUGAACUACAACGUGGCUCACUGGCUGGAGAAGAACAAGGACCCGAUUAACGAGUCUGUGGUGGAAGUUCUGCAGAAGUCCACCAGUCCACUCAUGUCCGACAUGUUCAAGGACUACGUGGGGUCCAACAGUCAGGAGGGUGAGGGGAAGAAACCGAAGAAGGGGAAAGCCAAGAAGAGCGCGGCGUUCCAGACGGUGUCAGCUCUUCAUAGGGAGCAGCUCAACAAGCUGAUGUUCACCUUGAAGAACACCUUCCCGCACUUCGUGCGCUGCAUCAUCCCCAACGAGACCAAGUCUGCCUUCGUCAUCGACUCUCCGCUAGUGAUGCACCAGCUGACCUGUAACGGUGUACUGGAGGGCAUCAGGAUCUGUAGGAAGGGUUACCCCAACAGGAUGCCUUACCACGAGUUCAGGCACAGGUACCAGAUCCUGGCCCCCCAGGUCGUGGCCGGAGGGUUCGUGGAGAAUAAAGAAGCCACCAAGAAGAUCCUGGAGGCGAUCGAGCUGGAGAGCGCCCGGUUCGCCAUGGGAAGCACCAUGGUGUUCUUCAAGUCAGCCGUGGUUGGUUACCUGGAGGACCUGCGUGACGACAUCCUGUCACGUGUUAUGAAGAACGUCCAGGCGCGUGCGCGGGGCGCCAUUCACAGGAUGCGACUUUUGAAGAUGCUGGCGCAAAGGGAGGCCAGGCGGAUUCUGCAGCGGAACGUCCGGAAGUGGCUAAAGCUCAGGACGUGGGAGUGGUGGCGGCUGUACGUCAAAAUCAAGCCGCUGCUGCAAGGUUUCCGCACGGAGGAGGAGCUUCGCGCGAAGGAGGCUGAGCUGCAGGACCUGCGGGAGAGGUACGUGGAGGAGGAGAACCUGCGCAAGGCGCUGGAGAGGAAGUGCACAGCCCUGGAGCAGCAGAGCAACGACAUCCAGAACCAGAUGCACGCGAUGCACGAUCUCCAAGAGGACCAGGAGGAGCGUUACGCCAUGCUGGUGAAGAACAAGGCGGCUCUUCAGCAGGAGAAUGAGGAGAUGAAGGAGAGUCUGAACGAGCUGACGGAGUCCAACCUGCAGCUCACACAGGCCAAGAAGAAACUGGACGGCGAGAACGAAGAACUCAAGAAGGACGUGGAAGACUUGGAGACCAGUCUUGCAAAGAUGCAGAGGGACAAGAAGGCUGCAGAGGAGAGGGUACGCCGGACUGCGGAGGAACUGUCCGAGGCAGAGAACAGUAUCAAGAAACUGAACAGGGAAAACAAACAACUCCGAGAGCUGCAGGAGCAAACCCUAGUGGACCUUCAAGCCGAGGAAGAGAAAGUCAACAACCUGACGAAGCUCAAGAACAGGCUGGAAUCACAGCUUGAAGAUAUGGAGGAGAGUUUCCACCGCCAGAGGAAGUUCCGAGUCGACGCCGAGAGGGAGAAGAGGAAGCUGGAGGAUCAGCUGAGGAAGAACACGGAAUCCUUACAGGAAAUGGAACGUGCCAAGAGUGAGCAGGAAGAUAAGAUCAAGAAGAGGGAGUUUGAAAUCGGCGCACUGAACAGCCGGCUGGAGGGCGAACAGAGUCUGGUGGCGCAGCUCCAGGCCAAGAUCAAGGAACUACUGGUCCGUAUUGAGCAGCUGGAGGCAGACCUGGAGGCUGAGCGGAGCGCGCGCGCCAAGGCGGAGAAGGCGAAGAACGAGGCGCAGCGGCACCUGGACGACAUCGGGGACAGGCUGGAGGAGUCGGCCGGACAGACCUCCGCACAGAUAGAGUACGCCCGUAAGCGCGAGGCUGAGAUCCUGAGCCUGCGGAGGGACAUGGAGUCCGCCUCCGCGCAGCACGAUAUCAACAUGGCCGAGCUCAGGAAGAAGCACGCCGACCAGCUCCGAGAGCUGCAGGAGUUGGUCGAGGCUCUUCAGCGGACCAAACUAAAACUGGAGAAGGAAAAGAACAACUACCGUCUGGAAGUGGAGGAUCUGGCAGAAAACCUGGAACAGCUGACAAAACAGAAGGUCGGUCUUGAGAAGCAGAACCGUGAGAUCACGGAGAAGCUGCAGGAGGUGAGCCUGAAGCUGGACGAACACACCCGCUCUAUGCAGGAGAUCUCCGGACUCAAGGCCAGGCUGCUGGCAGAGAACGCAGACCUGCAGCGCCACCUGGAGGAGGCGGAGAGUAUGACAACUCACCUCAGCAGGAACAAGAGCAUGCUGUUGCAGCAGCUUGAGGAGAUGAAGCACCAGUUGGAUGACGAGUCCAAGGCGAAGGCCCUGGUGGCGCACCAGCUGCGCGCCGCCCAGCAGGACUGCGACACGCUCCGGGAACAGCUGGAGGAGGAGCAGGAGGCCAAGACAGAGACGCAGAGGGGGCUGUCCAAGGCCAACACUGAGGUGUCAGCCUGGAGGGCCAAAUACGAGACUGACGCCAUCCGGAGGACGGAAGAGCUGGAAGAUGCCAAGAAGAAGCUGACAGCCCGUCUUCAGGAGAUGGAGGAGAAACUGGAGAUCUCCGUGUCCAGGUGUUCCUCCAUGGAGAAGACCAAGAACAGACUCCGGGCGGAGAACGAGGACCUCAUGAUGGACGUGGAGAAGUCGAACAGCAUGGUCAUUCAGCUGGAGAAGAAACAGCGUUUGAUGGACAAGAUCAUCUCGAGCUGGAAGGCAAAGUUUGGCGAGGUGACGUCAGAGCUGGAGGAGUCGCGGAAGGAAAACCACGCGCUGAACAACGAGCUGAUGAAGCUCAAGACGGCUUAUGACGAGGCUAUGGUCGCCAUGGAAACACUCAAGAAGGAGAACAAGCAGCUUGAAGAUGAGGUCGCCGGGCUGAACGAGGCAGUCGCGGAGGGAGCCAAGACGAUCGCCGAGCUGGAGAAGGCGAAGAAGCGUCUUGAGGUGGAGAAGGAGGAGCUCCACACGGCUCUGGAGGAGGCGGAGAGCAGUCUGGAGGUGGAGGAGGGAAAGGUCCUGCGCCUGAACCUGGAGCUCAGCCAGCUCAAGGCCGACAUCGACAGGAGACUGGCCGAGAAGGAGGAGGAGUUCGAGGUCACGCGUAAGAACCAGGCGCGCGCGAUCGAGAGCCUGCAGGCGUCCCUGGAGGUGGAGACCAAGGGUCGGGCCGAGGCGCUCAGGGCCAAGAAGAAGCUGGAGGGAGAUCUGAACGAGUGCGAGGUGAAGCUGGACAACGCUAACAGGGCGAAUGCCGAGGCCAAGAAACUGAUCGGCAAGCUUCAGGACCAGGUUAGGGACAUGCAGAUCGUCAUCGACGAGGAGCAGCGCAUGCGCAGCGAGCUGCGUGAGAUCCUGACGGUGACGGAGCGCCGUGCGCAGGCGUUCGCGCAUGAGCUGCAGGAGACCAAGUCCCACUGGGAGGCCUCGGAGAGGGCCAGGAAGGUGGCCGAGGCUGAGUUGGUGGAGGCACACGACCGCGUGGGAGAGUUGUCCUCCCAGAACUCCGCCCUGGUGGCCGCUAAGCGCAAGCUGGACGCCGAGGUGCAGCAGCUGCUGGGCGAGCAGGACGAGCUGCAGGCCGCCGCCAGGCUGGCGGACGACAAGGCCAAGAAGGCGAUAGGAGACUCGGCCCGGAUGGCGGAAGACCUUCGCGUAGAGCUGGACAAAACCGCUCACCUGGAAAAGGUCAAGCGCGACCAGGAGGAGAACAUCCGGGACCUGCAGCGCCGCCUGGACGAGGCCGAGACUAUCGCAAUGAAGGCCGGGAAACGCAUGAUUCAGAAGCUGGAGACCAAGGUCCGUGAACUCGAGGCAGCUCUAGCCUCAGAAGCCAAGCGCCACCAGGACACCCUGAAGAGCCUGCGUAAGAACGAGCGCCGUCUUAAGGAGAUGACCUUCCAGUCGGACGAGGACCGUAAGAACCAGGAGCGCCUCCAGGAGCUGGUGGAGAAACUGCAGCUCAAGAUCAAGACCUACAAGAGGCAGACUGAAGAAGCGGCGGAAACAGCCACCAGCAGCCUGACUCGGUACCGCCAGACGCAGAACGAGCUGGAGGACGUGACGGAGCGGGCCGACAUCGCGGAGGGCGCGCUGGCCAAGAUGCGCGCAAAGUACCACGGGACAACCGCCAAAAUCAUGAUCCAGAAAUUAAAGCAAGAAGAAUGAAGACCAUAGAGCUGAUGUUUUACCUUACGUUUGCUGAAGUUAGAUACACGAGCGCCUAUGAAACCAAGAUGAACACCAAUAUGCCUAUGGAAUAACGAUGAACGCCGACUCGCACUUAAAGACAA